AUGAUCUAUGUUAUUGUGGGCGGCGGAAUCGCGGGCGUGAGCUGUUUGAGGCAACUUUUGGUAUCACUUCAUGGCUCGGACAACAUCAUUUUGAUCUCUGCCAGUAAACGAGUGAAAACAGUGUCGCAAUGGAGAAUGGUGAGGCAUAUCGGAACUGCUCAAGAUUUUUCUUUUACCUUUUUUCCCAAUUCGAAUAUCUUCUUCUUACAAAUUCAUCAUUUUCUGCUUCAGAUUGGUCAGUAUACCGAACAGUUCGAGGAACUACUGCUCAGCGGUCGAAAGGAUUCCUUGAAGUAUGACAGAUUAUGCAUAGCUACAGGUGCACUGCCAUUAUCGCCAUUUUCCAACGAUAAAGUGCUAACGAUUCGCGACACGGAGUCGGCUGAACAGUUGCAGCGUCGCCUCCAAGGAGCAAAACGUGUAGCUGUUGUAGGCAACGGAGGCAUUGCUACAGAAAUUGUUUUCGAAAUCAAGGGUGUUCAUGUUACAUGGAUCAUUCGUGACGACUCAAUUUCUUCGGUAUUCUUCAAUCCGGCAAUCGCGGAAUUCUUUCAGAAAAGAGUCGAAACGGGACGCCAAGAAGGUGCAAAGAACGCCGGUGUGCUUAAACGUCCGAGGUAUGGUCUUGAUGAUUUUGGUGAGAAAAAUACGGCACCGAACGUCGCUGGCUGCGCCCUUGGCCCUGACUGGAUUUCAUCCCUAUCAUUCGAGGAUAGUUCACAGGGCCGAUCUGUGAACAUUAUUCGUAAUGUAGAGGUCCAAAUGGUAGCUGAUGUUGAUGAUGGGUUGAAGUUAUCUCUCAGCAAUGGAUCUGAUAUUCGAUGUGACUUCGUGAUUUGGGCUACUGGAGUGGUUCCGGCGACGAGCGUUUGGACGAAUAAUUGUGAAAAGCUACAAAUUUCCUCAUCUGACGGGGGAAUAGUUGUCGACGAUGCGAUGCGCACUUCCGUUCCAGACGUCUACGCUUGCGGUGAUAUGCGACUUUGGACACAAGCGCGACAGAUGGGUGACUAUUGUGCUAGGUCUAUGAUGUCGAAUGGAGAUGUUGAAAAAGAUUUCUGUUUCGAGUUGUUCACUCACACUACUUCAUUUUUUGGCUUCAAGGUGAUUUUUCUGGGCGAUUUCAAGGGUGAGCGACAACCUGAAGGAUGGUAUACGAUCGAAAGAAUAAUCGAGGAAGAUCAGUUCGUUCAAUGUAUAAUGUUCAAUCAUCGUGUGGUUGGAGCUGUGCUCGUUGGAGAGACUGAUCUUGAGGCAUUCUUAUCCAGAAUAAUUUUGCAAUCCUAG